AUGAGCAAGAAGGUGGUGUUAGAAGAGGACGAGUAUGUGGAGGCGCUUGGCCAGAUCAUCGAGCGCGAUUUCUUCCCAGACCUACCCAAGCUCAAGAAGCAGACAGAGCUGCUACGAGAUGAAGAAGGAUUGCCGUGGACCGACACAACAUUACGUGCUGCUUCGACCUCUCGAGGCGUUGUAUCUGUGCGUAGCAACGCUAAUGAAUCAGGAUGGGAUCAACCUACUCCAAUGGUGGAGCAGUACGCACUUGAUGAAGAUGGACACGAUAGUACGAAGGCAUCCAUGACGCUGAACCAUUUCGUUGCGACCCAUACUUCCGAGGACAACGAAUCAUUCAACGAACUGCAAGAAAAAGCGGUGAAAGAUCAUCAACGACGAUACCAUUGGGCGUUUGACGACGAUAAGGACAAGGGCGACCCGAAGCUUCACUUGUUGACGAAUGGGACGUGGAUUUCGAAGGAACAGCGACAGAUUGCAGACGCAGCUUGUGCUCCUAAAGGUCCGAAGGACGAUAGACCAAGUGCUCCGGAGACAUGGACAUAUCGUGCAAGGAACCCACUACUCUUCCCUCCUGAGCUUGACGCAACGCGAGAUAUCUGUCAGGUAGGUCAGUUGCUACUCGAAAACAGCUCAAAGUCACGCUUAAGAUUGCCACCAAGGCCGGGAAAGAAGAUUGUCUACGCAAACUCUAGGUUUUGUUCAGAUGGUACAAAGGACUAUUCAUUGGUCCCGAUGACACCGCUCAUUGCUCCAGGUGUGGAUGCAAGCCCACUGAUGACUUGGGGGGAUAUCGAGGGCACACCAGCGAUGCUAGGCUCACAAGCGACACCAGAACGCAGCCGGAGUACCCCCAGUUUCGAAGUGCAAGAAACUUCACAACGAGAAAAACUCGCCAAUCGACUGGAGUCUCAAGCCCGCUAUCGCAACUCUAACUCGCGGUUAUCAGGGAUAAAGAAGACGCCUUCAAGAAAGCGAUCGGAAGUUGAGCGAACUCCAGAGUUGCGCAGUGUUCGCGCUCGCAUAUCCAGUGGUCGGUCUGUUUUGCGCACUCCACUUGGCUCGGAUCCGCAGUUACGAGCUAGCUAUUCUACACCGUUACGAUCUUCGUCCAAGACACGGAAGACGAGAUGA